UACCACCUCGGUUUUUUUGUUGCCAUUUCGCCCUGAAUGUUUGAAGUUGCUCCGGCUGGCCAGCCGUCCACAGAGGAGCGCAGAAAGCCGUUUUCGCUUCGUGCAACCAGAAGCGACACACAGUGCUGCUGCUGCUACGUGCCAUGUCUUCCCAGGACUCACCCUGGACUCUGAUCAGCACAGCCCCCGUGUCGGCCCUGUUGAGAAGCAUGUGAUGACUCAGGCAAGGCAGAAGGGUUUCCUCAGGCAGAGCCACAGUAGUGCUGAGUGGUGGGACAACUGUCCUCUUUGGCCACAUGGUAGCACUAUUGGUGGCACCUGGCCUGAGCGUUCACUACGACUCAGCAGGACAAAGAAGAUAAGCGAGACCGUCAAAGAAAGGAAAGUCAAGGCCAAGAGGAUGGCUGACAAGAGAGGGAGAACUGAAAAAUCAGAUCAGAACAGAAAACGGUACCGGAGGCAUGACAAUAAACGGGACAGGAAGUUGUAUCCUUUGCGGAGAAGGGCUGGGGGUUCGGAUGGGGAGGGCCUAAGUUGCCAUGUCCUCCUCACAAGGUUGAAGGAAGGUGAGCAGGAGAGUUCUGAAGAAAGGGAAGAAAAGCCGUCUCUGAAACGCAAACCUAAAAAAGGGAAAAGAAAUGAACGAAAAGAGGCAAAAUCAUUACCAAAAAACAAAUCAAAGGUGAACAGCCCAAGUCAUGGAGGGUGUAUCCAUGUCCUGCAACCACGCAAGCGCAGACUGGCCUCUCUCAAUGCUGAGGCAGUGAACAGUCUGUUGCUUGAGAGAGCUACCGACCCUCAGCCAGCAACCAAACAGGCCAGGAAACAGGAAGAACCCACGACUGGAGGGGGUACCCUGGUUAUAGAUCCAGUCAGACCUGGUGCCCCUGGAAGUUUGAGGGCUUCACGAAACACAAGUAAAGCCUCCAGGUCUCCCAAACCUGAACUGUGCCAAAGCUCUAAGCCGAUCAAGAAGGCCAAAGUCAAGCAAGGUGAUGAGAGUAGGGGUAUGAGUCAGAGUCUGGAUACCCCCACCCCCAGGCGAUUGGCUGGACUCAAUGCUGCAGCCCUGCUGAAGUUAACCAGCUCUUCCACUACCAGUAAGCAGAGAGUAAAGGCUACACCCACAGCUACUAUCACAUCAGACUACAAGACUCCUGCAGCAGUCUCAACUGCAAAACAGCACUCCAGGGUCAAACUCAAACACAAGGGCCGAUCACAAAAGCAUAAGUGGAAAAUGGUCCCUCCCCUGCACAGUGGUUGCACAGCCUGCAAGAAUAAGGUGGACUUUGAGCCUAAAGUGGAAUGGGACACUGGCAGUUGCACCCAUAGACUGACCAAACCAGGUUACCAGUCUCGUAGCAUGCUAGCAUACCCACUAAAGCAAGUGAAGGAAGAGCAGAUGGAGACCGAAUUGAGCCCGUACUACUGCUGUCCCCCAGAGGGCUCAGUGGAAUACUGCCACCGCUUGGCCUUCUUCCUGGGCCAGCAGCCCUACGGAGAAUCAGAUGAUCAGUCUCUUAAUUCAGCCAUGACCCCUGUGAAGCACGAGUGCCUCGUAUCCUCACCAUCGUUGACACAUUCCCACCCUCAUACAGCCCUGACCCUUAGCCCCCACCCCUGCCUCUGCACUGCCGACCACUGCUUCUCCAGCUACUACGUCCAUAUCGCUCACCCACCACACACUGGCACAACAUCACCAACCCUGGCUUCUCGACCUCUGAAUUUUGCUUCAUCCAGUUUGUGCCCUAAUCAGAUGACUGGCUCUAAACUGCUGGGUCCGCAGGUGUCUCAUGCCUCGGGGCUGACCCACCCUGCCUUCUGCAACUCUGUGGCUUCACCCUGUUAUGGUGAUGCCUGUGGGAUUAGUGGCUACACCUACAGAGCCAUGCCUCCCGUCACCAACAGGGGUUGUUCUUUUAGCACAGGAUUCACUGGGUGCACACACAGAAUCAAAACAGAGGGUUACACAUCAGCACAGGGUGACCACAGCACCUCCCUUCUGGUUCCACCCUCCCUGCACAUCUCCAGCUGCCCACUCUCCAGCAUACCCACUUCCACCCAGACAAAACCUCACCUACUAACCCCCUUGUCAGGGCGAGACCAGCCCCAGGCCAGGUUAAAGCUGGCCAGGGAAUGUCCACGGACCACCAAGCCCCUGCCAAUGGGGCGCACACAGCUGCCCCAGAAAGAACUGGCAUCUGUGCCGAGCCUCAGCAGCACCAAACAGAAGAAGGUCAACCGCAGACGUGCUACCAAUGGCUGGCGGGCUGUAGGAAUGCCCACAGAGAGGGAGGUCUUUAUUGCGGGAGAGGAUGAGACGGCCUUGCGGCAGUGUUAUGAGGGAGUCGAGAGGGAUGGUGAAGUGAUACGUGUCCGAGACACUGUGCUUCUGCGAUCAGGCCCCAGGAAGAAAUCACUUCCAUAUGUUGCCAAGAUAUCAGCGCUGUGGGAGGACCCCAAAACAGGAGAGCUGAUGAUGAGUCUUUUCUGGUACUACCGACCUGAGCACACCCAGGGAGGCAGAGAUCCCAGCACACACUGUGAGAAUGAGAUUUUCGCCUCUCGGCAUCAGGAUGAAAAUAGUGUGGCCUGCAUAGAAGACAGAUGCUAUGUUCUCCCACUAGCCCAGUACUGUAGAUUUUGUGCCUUGGUGAAGCGGCGUGCCGAAGGCGCUCCACCUGGCAGCACCAGCAUGGUGCCCUGCCUCCCCGGCUUCACCCCCCCAUCCCACCGCUGUGUGCCCACAGACGUUGACCCCGAGCUGGUGUAUCUCUGCCGGCACGUCUACGACUUCCGCUACGGACGCAUCCUGAAGAACCUGCAGUAGAGGGCAGAUGGGGUGUCGCACCUAUGAAUUAAUUGCUAGAGGGCUGAAGGACUGAACACCCCUGUCUUUUCUGCUGGUGACCUGACGACGAGAGAGAAGGGAGAUGCCGGAGAGAGGCUGGUUUUGGUGAGGGACCAAUGAGUCAAAGUGUUUGUGGCACAUUAUGAAGCGCAGGUUCCUUUAGUUGUCCACAGAAAGGGUUACAAUGUGACAGAUGAAACUAUCUCAGUCAGAGCACCAGUAUUUCCUAGCUUUGAAGGGACAAGUAAUUUAUCAUCUUGGACUUUUCAGCUUCCACUUAUGGAAGCUUCUGUGCCCCCCUCCCUCCCCCCCCAUCUGUCAGGAAUGCUGAACACUAGGCAGGACUGGGCUACAGGACAACAUUUCCCCUGAAGCAUCUCAGCACAACAAUCAUGUUUGUUGCAUUUGUAAGCCGAUGGCUCAGGGAUGGUCCGGCGCUAAGGUGCUUCCAGGGGAACACAAGCUUGCGCUGUCAGUUCAGUGUUAAUGGUGUUGAAACAUCCAGGGUGAAGGAGCAGCUAAUGGAGUGUUGUCUUAUUUCUUUUGAUUUGAAUUUGUGUGUGAAUGUGUGAAGUGUUGUCAGUGUGGAUGAAUGGAUAAAUGUAGGGAUGUGUGAUGGUUUUUUAGGAGGCUUUCAGGCAAUCAAACCUAACAAACAGCUUUAGAGGAAGCAGAGUUUUCUCUCUCUCGUCCUCUCUCUUGUGUGCUCUAGCGCACUGACACUGACAGAAACAUUUUUAUCUCAAGUGAUGCUAAAAUACUGUACCUGAAAGGGGGUUUGUGAAAAGUAAUCCUGACUGGGUCCAGUUUAGCAACUUACAACCCUCAAAUAUCUGUAAAUCAAAUCUGGGCCCGAUAUCAGUCCCAGAAACUGACCCCUACCCAUAAUGUUAAUAAACACAUGGGCUACACGGUUACACACUUUAAGACUCAUCCAGAUUCCCGCAAGGUUUGCAUGAUGUCUGGUCUGAGGUUAUCUGCCAUUUUGGCCAGUGUACUGCCCCAUAUGGAUGUGCUAAACAUUCGCUCAGUCACUUGUUAUAAUGCAGAGUGACACAAAUGUAGCUGAUCUUGCAGUAAUCAUCCACACAUCCAAAGUGACUUCCCAUUGCGUCAGUCAGCUGCAUUCUCAGUUAUGGAAUGAUGAAUUGAGGGGGAAAGAGGUUUUCUCAUAGGCAUGCGCAGUUCGAAAGACACACGAUAUGAUACAAUUAUGCUUCAUUUCACCUGCUGCCUGUUGGUGUUUAGGUCAGUUUUACCCGUACUCAUGAAUUAACAUAAAAACAUAUUGUCACACAUUACUGUUGUCGGUUACCUGUAUGUGCACAGCUGGGUGCAGGCUGUUUUGUACCACACUCAACUCUAGAGCAGGCUUUUAACUUUGGGUCAGGACACCAAUAUUGUCUCUAAACUGAUUAUAUUGAAAACACAUUUAACAAAAGCCUCGUUGGAUUUUCACUGUCUUUCAUCUCAGCCUCAGUCGUGGGAAGCCUCUUUCCUUACUGGGUCUGCUAAGGGUCCAAUGGAGAGAUCCCUUAUUGAGGACUGAACAGGCUUAUGAAGAGGAGGGUUGUCCUUCAUUGUUUUUUGUUUCUUCUCAUAUUUGUCACUUUUGCUGCUCCCUGUUAGUUGCCUUAUGAGUUGCAGGCAGGGCAGGUAGCUAGCCUCACCGCAUACGACUAGGAAGAGGUCGAAUCGGAAUGGGUUUGCUGUAGUCCCAGGAAAUGGGAAUUUGUUGCCAGUCGACUGACAGCUGUGAUCACUGGAAACACACUGGCUGCAAUUAAUCAUUAUUUUUCAUUAUCUAAUAAUUGUCUAUAAAAGUUAGAAUGUAGUGAGAAAUGGCCAACAUUUCCUACAUUUCUACAUUACCUGACCAACAGUUCAAAAGCCAAAACUGUUCAGUUUACGGAACAGAAGCUGAAACGAUUCCAUUUUUGGCAUUUUGCAUUUAAAAAAUAAAUGACCAAAAUAGUUAAAAACCACAGGGCACUUUUUAUGUUAUGCUGUGCUCUAAUUGCUCGCCUUGCAUCCUGAAGCCUCGCAACAUUUGGGAAAUAUCUAUUCAACACCCACAUUGAAUUUUUCUUCUUCUUCUUCUUCUUCCUCCCCUCCUCCUUCUCCCACCAAGAUAAACCAAAGGAUGUCACACAAGCCAGAGUCCCUGCGUCCUCCCUCGUGUUUCUUUUCCUUGUCAGCACUUCUUCCUUUGUUCCCUUAUUAUACUGCACUAAUCCAUCCCUUAAUUACAACAAACGUUUUCAACUUUUUUGUUGUUGUUGUUCCAGCUACUAAUACUGUAUGUUUUGGAGGAAAAAAAAAACAGCAUGUCCAGUUUUUUAUAGUCAUUCCAUUUGAUCAUCUCAGCCACACCUCCAUAAAUAUCCUAUAUGUAGUGUACAUGUGUGUGUAUAUAUACAGUAUACAUUGUAUAUACUGUAUAUAUAAAGUAUGUAUGUGUGUUCAUUAAGUUUCAGAAGGCGUCUGGAUGGAAGUUUUGUUGUUGAGCGGACAAACGUAGCACCAUGUUGUGUACUUGGAUUGUGUGGGUGGUGUUUGAUACUUAAUUGAGUUGUGGAGGUUUGGAAGCCACUCUCGAUUCAUUGCCUUUUAAGCUGCAAGCGUUUUACUGUCACUCAGAAAACGAGUAGUGUGUGUGUGUACCUUUAAAAACAUAAAGAGUACCCGAUUGCUUUCCUACACAACAAACACCGUUUGGAUAAGCCGUAAAAGUUUUCAACACUCUAAAGCCAUCUUUAACUUUUUCUGUGUGAGAACCCAGAACAACAUUAAAUCCUGAUCAUUGUUCUUUUGUUUGUUUGUUUUUUUUAUUUCUAUUAAUGCCCAGAGUCUUCAAAGAGGUAAUAUAUAUUCUCCUACUUUACAAUUUCUCCUUAUUAAGAAUCUUUUAUUGUCAAUUUCCUAAGAUGGCAUAUGCAAUAUAUUUUUAGACUUAAUAUUUUUGGAAAAUGAAAGUAACAAAUCUAGAAAAGUAUAUGCAUUAUUUUUUAUUUUAUUCAACAUGAGUUUGAAAUCAUCACAGUGUUAUUUGAAAUUUGACCAAAUGGGGAAAAAAAGGAGAGUGAAGGUACUCGAUGCCCUCAUAUGGCCUACAGUUGUAGCCUUCCAGGUAAUUUCUAACGAAGUGCACAUAACUGAAUCCAGGAAGCACUGGGCACUCUUUAAACAAGCAGACAGCUAAUGCACAGCUAAGUAUUUUUGCAAGAUCUGUAACAAUUAUAUAGAAAAAUUUUAAUGGAGUAAACAAUACAAUAUAUUAAGAUUUCAGUUUAAGUUAUUUGGAAAUACUGUCUUAUUAAUGAACCAUAUCCUGUUUCUUUGUGCUUCAGGAUAGAAGUGAUUUCUGUUUAUUUGUAACUUAUGAAUUUAGAGAUUAAAUGAUUUGAGCGCUGGUUAUUGACAGAGAUGUCAAUUUUGUUGCAUUUAUGUAUUUUGCUGUCAGGGUGUGGAGAACCAGACCAAAGCACACACCCUGGCAGACAGGAGAGCAGAAGUGACUGUGAAUUGCAGGUUUGACCAGAAUUCCCUUUGAAAUGCUUACAAAGUCAAAUCUGACCUGAGGCCUGUGGCAACGAAGACUUCUAGUUCUCCUGCCCAACCUGACUAACCUUAAGUGUGAUGUUUGGGAGAAUGCUCUGGCAACGUGGUCACCUGAGCUUCUAUUGAUUUGUCCUAAUUGAGAAGAGACAGAGACAGUCUCUGAGACAAGACAGCAGAGGGCAGGACGUCCUCUCAGGCAGCAAUAGAAGACCCUUCUCUAAACGUAGCCAUAUUAUAGAGGGUUUUCAGUAGUCAUCAUUAAAUUAGACACUAUGAAAAUUAUUAGGGUGGGUCAUGUAUUUUUCAUUUUUGCUCAAGGGAGGUUUUUGGGAGACCUGAGGAUGGUGUUUUUCCUUUUACUCUGGGCCUGUAAUAUUGCCAUAGUCAGCAUUGUCAGUAUCUGGGACCGACUCACUCAUUCAGUGGCUAUUAAAGGCCCAGCAUCUUAGGGAGUGGCUGUAUUUUCCCACCAAACAAUACACUUUACUGAAGGUAAAGUUUUGCAAUUUUUUUUAAUUCAGGGUAAGGAGCCAAAGAAAAUAUGGAUAUUAAUGUGGCAGCCAUGUUUUUUUAAAGCUAUUUAACAAAAUGACAUUUUUAUUACAUAAAAUGUAAGAUUUUGUCCCCACUUCUCACCCCGAAUAAUUUGCAAACAGUCCCUUAUUUAAGUAUUAAAAUGACAAGGUUUUCCAGUAGGCUGAGAGGGAAUCUAGCAAUUGUAAUAUAAUUAAUGAGUAGAACAAAUUCAGGAUUUGAGCAGUUUCUCCCACCAUCCAAAUUAGCUGGCCACUGUUGCCUUUCCCCCAGAUGUGCACUGAUGGUGUUUGUCCCCUAGAGGGCAGGAAUCCAGUGUGUGCAAAAAAAAAAAGUCUCAUGGCUAGUGCAAUUCGACAGUGUCCUCUUCUUGUGUUCGUUCCUCACAUCCUUAUCUUUUGGCUGCUGAGAGAGAAGCAGAAGCUUCUUGGAAAAGGAGAUGAAGGAAGUUGCCAUGAAUCAUCCUCCCAAGUGCUGGCCCUGCAAAAGCAUGGAUUAGAUUGUAUGUUAUUAUUUAUGUGACUUCCUAGCAACUUUGCAUGGACACAGUUGCAUCCUUUGUUACCAUGCCAACUGGGAAAGACCAGCACUCAGGAGACACCUAAUUCUGUGUACAUAUGGUGCACACAGGGUCAAACACUGUGUGACCUUUUUAUUGAUGCCACACAAGACGUGUGUCCACUCCAUGAGUUCAAACUAAAGCACCUGACCAACCCAUGAGUUUCUGCUUUCUGUGUGGUUUAUAUUGAUGCUUAUUGUCAACAUAUAUUUUGAUAUAUUUGGGGGAAAAAAUGGGGGUAUACAUUAAAAUGUCUAGAUAUUUUUGGAGUAGAGAAGCAAUGUGUGUAUCAGAUUAUUGUCACUUUGUCAUGCUUUGAAAAUCUUGGAUUUUUUGGAAGAAUUAUAUAA